GAUUGCCUGGUCUUCCGUUUGUAUCACUUUUAAUACAUUUGACAAUUUAGAAUCCUGUUAAAAACUCGAGUUUCUUCUGGGUACUUAAACAUGGUAAUGAUUAACAAUGAGAUGGCAAACAACAUGAUGAGAAUUGCAAUGGCAGGCUCAGGCGGCUUGGCACAGAUUAUCGCUCAUGAGAUCAGCAAAACUGUACAUCCAUUCAUUAUCUUAUCGAGACAGGGUCGACCAGAUCUAGAAACACAAGGCUAUCAAGUGGCUGUAGUCAAUUAUGACGACCAAGAUGAUCUUCGCUUUAAUCUUCGAGGAAUAGAUAUAGUCAUUUCCACGGUAUCUGGGAACCCUCAAAUCAACCUCAUUGAUGCCGCCGCGCAUUCCCGCGUUCAACGUUUUAUCCCUGCAGAAUACAAAGAUAAGCUAGGCGGGCGACCAACGAAUGACCCCUCAGAUCGUGGAAGGGCUGCAAGCAUUGAGAGACUUCUACAUUGGGCUCACCACCCCCGUCAUCGAAUGCAAUAUACUGUUUUUGGAUGUGGGGUCUUCUAUGAACGAUUCGCUCCAGGAGGCCUAGCUUCAAUGGGCAUCAGCACUUCAACUGCACUCGGCUAUCAAGGUUCUUAUCUCAUGAAUAUGGAGACAAACACAGCAGAAAUAGUGGAAUAUAAUACUAUGGGCCAGGCCAUUUCAGUAUCAAUGACAUCUGUAAAUGAUGUGGCACGGUUCCUCGCAGCAGCUCUAAUGCAGGGAGACCGCAAAACUGUAACUGAAAUUGUGCAGUAUGCAGAAGCUAUCAAAGGACAGCAAUUUGUAACGACAAUAAUUGUAGCUCCAGAACUAGCGGCAAAUAUUCAGGAAGCAGCUUAUUACCAAGACAGUGCUAGAGUUAACCGCUUGCAGGAGCUGUCUGCUACUGAGGAGAGAAGAUACGACUCCUCGCAAGUCAAUCUGAAUUCAUUGGUCAACGUCCAGACAGUUUCAUUUUGGGACUGGCUGCGAACCCACUGGGCACCUCAGUGAACUUUACACUAGCUUGUGAUGCAGGACGUAUAUACAGCAUCAAGAUCCCAAGGACUUCAGCCUCAGAAAUGAGAUUAUAUGGUCCGAUAUGUAGGAUAAUUACUGCAUGGGGACUUCACUCAAUCUUGGAGUACUGGACCUAAACGGAUAUAACCUACGAAGACAGAGGGGGUGGAUGCGGGGUCACGAGGACCGAAGAAGCAGGCAAUAUCAUCGCAAGCGAGGAUUAUCCACUGACUCACACUUAUGUUAUGGACUUAUUUCCUUGAUUCUUAUCUGUAUUUAGACAUGUUACUUAUCUAGACAAAUCUUCUCUUG